AUGUUCGAAGGCGCAGUGGCCGGUAUCCUUAACCGGCUUCUCGGAAAAUACGUCCAAGACCUCGAUACGGAGAAUCUUAAUGUGGGCAUUUUCAGCGGCAAUGUUAAUUUGAUUGAUUUAAAGUUGAAGCCUGAAGCUUUGUAUGAGUUGGAUCUACCAAUCGAUGUGAAAAUCGGGACAAUCGGAAAGAUCAAUCUGCAGAUUCCGUGGUCUGGGCUGUACACUCAGCCGGUAGUGGUCCACAUAGAAGACGUUCUCAUAUUGGUCGGACCGGCUAUUUCCAACAGCUAUUUCGAUCCUGAAAGGGAAAAGCGAUUGACCAGAGCGGCGAAACGAAAGAUUCUGCAGGACUUAGAAGCCGAAAGCGAAAUCCUGAAGGGACCGCAGAAUUUCUUUGAAAACUUAUUCACAGCGAUCGUGAACAAUCUUCAGAUUUAUAUCCGCAAUGUUCACGUGAGGUAUGAAGACUCGAUCAGUUCGAAAGAUGGACCGUUGGCCUGUGGGCUGUGCUUGCAAAGUUUGUCCAUCGAGACGACAAAUAGGUGUCGUGUGCUUCCGGUUGUGUCAACCGAAUACCUAGUCUACUUUUUCGAUGCACACGCUUUUGCUCUCCAUUGCGUCGAAAUCAUCACCAGGUAG